AUGUCUGUUGCCCGAUCUGAGCUCAGGUUUCGUGCUCCUCCGUCAAUGCAAUUGAGCGAUGGGUCUGCCAGCUGCAAAACGUCACCCCCAGAACCCAUCAACCUCAAUGAGACACCUGCCAACCGUGCAAACUCCCGAUUCGCCGUGAAAGGCAAUGCCAUUGUCACAGGUGGCGCCGGAGAUAUCGGUUCUGUCGCCUGUAGAGCCUUGCUUGAACACGGUCUGCACGGAUUAGCUAUUCUUGACCUUCACCCUGAUGCAGGUCAGAAAACAGUCGACAGUCUUCAGGCCGAAUUUCCAGAAGCAAAAAUCACAUUUACAAAGGUUGAUGUGACAGAUCCAGAAUCUGUCACCGCGGCUGUUGCGACAUCAGAGCAGGUCAUCGGCCCUGUCAAUAUUUGUCUUUGUUUUGCGGGCAUCGCCUUUGCUGCAAAUGCUCUGGACAUCACCCCGCAACAGUUCAAGACCAUGUUCGAUGUCAACACUACAGGCGCGUUUCUUGUUGCACAAGCUGUGGCGAAGUCCAUCGCAAGCAGUGGAACAGGUGGUACUAUCAUCCUGAUGGCGAGCAUAUCUGCCCACAUUGUCAAUUUUCCCCAACCACAAGUUCACUACAACGCUGCAAAGGCGGCUGUUAUUUCCAUGAAGAGCUCAUUGGCUGCGGAGUGGGCUACUCAUGGCAUCAGGGUCAACAGCAUCAGCCCUGGUUAUAUGGAUACCAUUCUGAACGAGGGUGAGGGGUUGGCGGAGCAUAGAGCCAUCUGGGCAAAGAGAACUCCUUUUGGCCGUAUGGGAAAGCCAGAAGAACUCACUGGAGCCAUCAUCUUGCUUGCAAGUAACGCCGGAAGUUACAUAACCGGUGCUGAUAUUAUUGUGGAUGGUGGAAUCAGUGUUUUGUAG